UGUAUUCCUUCUGCCUGGCACCCGAGGGCUUUCUGGAUCCCUUGGGAAGCACUGAGCUCUUUGCUUUGCCUUUCCAGAAAGCCAUUGAUCUGGUGACAAAAGCCACAGAAGAGGAUAAAGCCAAGAAUUACGAGGAGGCGCUCCGGCUCUACCAGCAUGCGGUGGAGUAUUUCCUACACGCUAUCAAAUAUGAGGCUCACAGCGACAAGGCCAAGGAGAGCAUUCGAGCCAAGUGCAUGCAGUACCUAGACCGGGCCGAGAAGCUGAAGGAUUAUUUACGGAACAAAGAGAAGCACGGCAAGAAGCCAGUCAAAGAGAACCAGAGUGAGAGCAAGGGCAGCGAUAGUGACAGUGAAGGGGAUAAUCCAGAGAAAAAGAAAUUGCAAGAACAGCUGAUGGGGGCCGUCAUGAUGGAGAAGCCCAACAUCCGGUGGAGUGACGUGGCCGGGCUGGAGUUGGCCAAGGAGGCCCUCAAAGAAGCUGUCAUUUUGCCAAUUAAAUUCCCACACUUGUUCACAGGUAAGAGUUGAACCUCUGUAGGCCCCGAUGUAAAA